AAUAUGUAAUAUGUCACGUUGAAAUAUAUAACGUUAAUUCAUCGAGAUAAUAUUGAGAAAUGUAUCUUAUUAUCGAAUGCUAUUAUAAUUUACGCGAAAUAAUUGUGCAUGAAAAUAUAUCGAAUUUUAUUUGAUGACAUUUUUUCGUAAAAUAUGCAAUGUACAAUAAAGAUCGAAUGUUCAUUGACAUUUUUUAAAAAGAAGUUUAACAGUACUGCGUAGAUAAAUUUUUCGUUUUCGGGUAUUGCAAUAGCAAUAGAUGGUGCACAAGUCGCAAAUCGCCAUCUUGUGCACCACAUGACCUCGUUGCCGCGUCCCGUGACCAGCUCACGUGAAUUUUGGCAAAUUCAAACAUUUUUGGUGGAAAAUAUGGACAUUUUGGAUCAGCACCUUCAACAACAGGAUGUCAGCACCGUUGGAACAAAGGAUGAAUCUGGAACAGGAAUAGUUAUUGAAGAAGCAGAGAUUGUUGAUUGUGAAGAAGCAGUUGGAGAUGAUGGAAUGCGAUAUCAGGAAGCACUUGCUUAUAGAGUGGUUCAAGUAAAUGGUACGUCAAGCAGUAAUGAAAUAGAACUGCCUGUAGGACAACCAGGAAGCAAUACUGUACAAGUUUUAACGUCUCCUUUGAAUGGACAGUUUUAUGUCAUUGGCAAUGCUAAUGAUGUUUUCACUACUGCUCAAACGUCUAGGUCAUUAGUUCCAAGGACUACUCUUCAAAUAGAAACACCAAGAAAUUGUACUACUGGUUUAAAGAAGAGAGACGACAGAAGAAGAGCAACGCACAAUGAAGUUGAACGUCGGCGUAGAGAUAAAAUUAAUAAUUGGAUUGCAAAAUUAGGAAAAAUAAUACCUGAAUGUAAUGCCACGACCAAUACUAGCGCAGGCGGUAAUAGUGGAGAGGGAAAGGCAAAUUAUGAAACGCAGAGCAAAGGAGGGAUUUUAGCGAAGGCUUGUGAGUACAUAGGCGAAUUACGUGCAGCAAAUCAGGGCUUGGGUCAAUGUUUACGAGAUAAUGAAAAAUUAAGACAGGAAAUAACUGCCUUAAAACAGCUGAUUUCGCAAUUAAAACGCGAAAACCUUCAGCUUCGAACACAGUUGUCUUCAUCUUCAGGGACAAGUGCUGAUGUCCAUUUGAGUUCGUAAUUUUGAGUUAGAGUAUAACAUGUAAAUAUUAGCCGUCAUGUAAGAAUUAGAAAUAUCUACUUUGUUUUUCCUUUUCUCUCUCUCUCUCUCUCUCUCUCUCUCUCUCUCUCUCUCUCUCUCUUUUAUUUUACUGUUUGCUGUUUUUUAAACUGACAUCGACUUGUAGUAAAUUCUAUGAUUUUGGAAUCGUAUCAGAAUUUGAUUAAAUAUUUACUUACAAUUAGAUGAAUUAGAAUAUCCUAAUAAAUAAUCAUGAAUGGUCUUUUAUAAUUAUUACCACCUCAAAUAUGCAAAUUGCAUUUCAAAUGCUGUGGUUUAAAGUAUACUUUGUUAAUAUUGUUAUUUGAGCAGUGUCUAUGUAAGUUGCGCUAUAAUAAUUGUUAUUUUAAUUAUCAUUUAAUUAGGAUUUUGAAAGUAAUAAGAAUGACCGAAAUUUAUGAAUGCGUAUAGGUGUAUGCGUGUGUGCGUGUGUGUGAGUGUGCGAGAGAGAGAUAGCAUUGCCGAUGCUAUGAAAACACGAUGCAAUAUUUUAAUAUAUGAAAAUAUUUCUUCUAAUCCAAAGACGGGAUUAAAACGUUUAGUUUCUGCAGUCAAGUUUUAUAUAUAUUAUAAAAUUGUACGUUCUUUCUCAAUCUAUAUAACAGGUCAAAAAAAUUUCUUUUAUCAUAAACAAGGCGGAUUUGUAUAAUGAGAGUUUGAGUUAUGUGUUCCAUUUGAUGAUAUUGUAUAUUUUUAAACCUGCAACCAAAUUGACCACCAAGGUAUAAACACGUUACUAUUGUGUUUCAUGUUUACAAAUAUAUAUUGCUUAUUUAUAUUGUCACCAUCGCGUUUCAAUUUAUUAUGUUUUAAAUCAAUAAAUUGGCCCAAUGUUCAUCAGACAUUAUUGUAUCACAUACAAUAAUUUUACGCUAAAUUCUUCUCUUUAGUUUAUUAUUUCGAAAUGUUUAUACAAUUGUGUAGAUAAAUUUAAUAAUGGAUUAAUUAUCAGGAGAAAAUUUUUGACUAUCGUUAUACAGAUGCAAUCACAAUUAUGAAUAUUUUUUGAUCUGCAAAUAUCCAAUUGAAUAUAUGUGAAUAUCAUUGGAUAUAUUUUAUUUUUAAUACUUACCUUAUAUUAACGCGCGAAAAAUGUAGUAUAGAGUAUGCAAGAAACUAGGAUGGGAUGUAAAACGUAUUAAUUGUACUUUUACGUUUGUGUAAACAACAAUGUGAUAUUUGCGCAUACAUAGUAAAUAACACAACUAAACUUUAAUUAGGCAGUAAAUAAUUGUAAUAUAUCGUUAAUGUACAUAGUAUACUGCAUUGUUACGUAAUUAUUAUUGAUCGUCAUCGCGUCACAUUAAAAUAAUCUGAUAAAAGUGAUCAAAUGUUUGUCUUUUCUAAAAUACAACCGUUUGGUAAAGAUAUUCCUUUUAUUUAUGACUUUUAUUUACUUUUUACAUAUUUUACAAUAGAAUUAACGUCAAACUUUUUUACUGAAACAACAAAUAUAUAGUAUAUAAUUUUUCAUUUUGCGCUCUACAGCAAUGAUUGAUUAUCUAUGCUGAAAAGAAAAAGAAAAAAAAAAAAAAGAAAAAAAAAAGAUAAAAAGA